CUUUAAAAGGAAAAAACUAAAGCCUAAAACCCUUUUAUCCUUUUCUCUUUGGCUUUCGCAAAAGCUUCCUAUUUUCAUGGCUGCCUCACUUCGGUUCAAUCCUACUUCAACCCCUUCGCUCUGCCCAAUCUCCACCUACAAGAGCUUCACUCCGGUACUCUGUGGCCCACGCGACAACCGCGGACCUCUCGUUAAAGGCCGUAUCUUAAGCACCGAAGCCAUCCAGGCCAUCCAAUCUCUCAAACGCGCCCAGCGGAACUCUUCAUCGACGGCAACGGUCACCCCACUCCCUUCCCUCUCCCGCCUCAUCAAAUCCGACCUCCUCGCCGCCCUGCGCGAACUCCUACGGCAAGAUCAAUGCGCCCUCGCCGUCCACGUACUCUCCACCGUCCGAUCAGAAUACCCGCCUCCUGACUUGAGUUUGUACGCCGACGUUGUCGUCGCGCUCGCUAGGAACCAUCUUAAGGAUGAGAUUGAUGGGUUGAUUGAGGAGAUUGGAAGCAUCGAGUGCGAUGACGAGAAGGCGCUUGUGAGGCUGAUCAAGGGCGUGAUUGGCGCCGGAAGGAAGGAAUCAGCGGUGAGGAUUUGCGGGUUGAUGAAGGAAAAUGGAGUCGGAUCGAGGAAAAGAGUUGGGGAGUAUGUGGUCAAAGUAUUGAGCAAAGGAUUGAGAAGAUUCGGGGAAGUGGAUUUGGCUUUGGAAGUUGAGAGGGAAUUUGGUGAAUUGUCUAGGGUCAAUUCCGACAAAUUAACAAUUUACUAGAUUUGAUGAUUUUUUCUAUUCCAAUACAAUAUUUUUUGUUUGUAUUAUAUUAGUAUAAUUAUAUUUACCUUAUUUGAUAUUUAUAUAA